AUGGUUCUUUACCACGUGUUCAGCUCAACAGAACACUUAACGCGAUCUAAAAAAGCUGGUGGAUUGUUCAAUAAUGCAGUUUCCGUCCCGCAAGCCUUUUCACCUACAGCUUUGGAUUCCUUUAUUAAAACGCGGACUUUGAAUAUUUCAACGACGCAUGCCCCAUUAAAGGAGAUAAUAGACAGAAGUUAUGACCAAACAGAUCCCGGCCUAAAGCAAAGCCAACCCGAAGUUGCUUUAAAAGAAGAAUGCCAAGAAAAUAGUUCCCUUUUGGGUAAGUUUUAUCAAGUGUUUUAUCGCGUAAGAUUAAGAUUUAAGAUUUCAGCUUAAGCUAAGAUUUUCUAGUAAAAUUAAAUUCAUAAAAUCAUACUAAAAAAUCUUUACAGAUAUUUUCCAACAAAAUGCAUUUAAGGAAGCACGCGCUGCCAAAGAUGGUCGCACAUGGAGGUUCGACUAGCUGUAUUGAAUUUUACAAUCAGAAAAUAUAUAAUCAUUGUUCAUUUUUGUCAGCUGGACCUAUACCUCUGGAUUUGUCAAUACCAAAAAUGGAUGAUAUUGAGAGGCAAAUUUCUCGGGAUUUUGACGGCUGGGUCAGCAAUGGC